AGGAAACAGAACCUGGAAUUCUGUCGAGCGUUGGUUGUCUUUCUUGAAAAAUGUAGCAGUUCGUUUUGUGAGCUCCUCUGGUGUUUCACUGUUUUGUCUAGUUUUGCAAGAUGUUUUGGUGGACCAUUUUACGAUGGGUUCCUAAGUAUUUGGUUGUAAUUAUCUGUCUGUUUUCAAUGUUUCACUUCGUAUCCAAUAGUUACAAGUCAGAUUAAUACAGAAAGUGAACCUAACACUGGGACACUGAAAUUAGAAAAUUUAGGUAGUAUUCCAACUUUCUACCUGCAGACAAAGUGUAGUUUACCUUUAUUAAAGUGUCUAUAGAAUCCCUGUAUCCAUCUAGUUACUCUAAGAUUGUUGAUCUCCGUGGAAACUAUGAAGUGUAUCCUCAAAUCAAUUUACAAUAAGAAGUUUGAUUAAUCAAUUAAUUAUGUGUUCGUCUUCAAUGCAAUCAGGUCCUUAUAUAUUCGUUAUAUUUUACUGUAACUGCAUAUUAAAAUUCAAUGGGGACAUAGGAAAUUAUUAUUAUGGUCAGGGGCAUCCAAUGAAGCCACAUCGCAUAAGGAUGACACACAAUCUUCUUUUGAACUAUGGUCUUUAUAGAAAGAUGGAAGUUUAUCGACCUUCCAAAGCUUAUAGUGAAGAUAUGACGAGAUUUCAUAGUGACGAAUAUGUUAAGUUCCUGAGAAAUAUUAGACCAGAUAACAUGCAUGAAUUCAACAAACAAAUGCAACGCUUUAAUGUUGGAGAAGAUUGUCCAGUUUUUGACGGGCUCUUCGAGUUUUGUCAGUUGUCUGCAGGGGGUUCAAUUGCUGGGGCCAUCAAACUUAAUAAACAACAAACUGACAUAGCUAUUAAUUGGGGUGGCGGUCUUCAUCAUGCAAAGAAGUCUGAGGCUUCUGGAUUUUGCUAUAUAAACGAUAUCGUGAUCGGUAUAUUAGAACUCUUAAAAUAUCAUCAAAGAGUCCUUUACGUGGAUAUCGAUAUUCAUCAUGGAGACGGUGUUGAAGAAGCUUUCUAUACAACUGACAGAGUAAUGACUGUUAGUUUUCACAAAUAUGGAGAAUAUUUCCCUGGUACUGGGGAUCUAAAGGAUAUUGGUGCUGGUCGUGGUAAAUAUUAUGCCGUCAACUGUCCUUUAAGAGAUGGUAUGGAUGAUGACUGCUAUGAGCGGAUCUUUAAACCGGUCAUUACAAAAGUUAUGGAAACUUUUAGACCUGGAGCUGUCGUCUUACAGUGUGGUGCUGACUCACUGAGUGGUGAUCGACUUGGAUGCUUUAAUUUAAGCUUGAGAGGUCAUGGGAAGUGCGUUGAGUUCAUCCGUUCAUUCCCUAUACCACUUCUACUUGUUGGAGGUGGUGGUUAUACCAUUCGAAACGUUGCCAGAUGUUGGACUUUUGAGACGUCUAUCGCUUUAGCAACUGAAUUACCCAAUGAUUUACCUUACAAUGAUUAUUAUGAGUAUUUUGGACCUGAUUUCAAGCUUCAUAUUAGUCCCAGCAAUAUGGCUAAUCAAAAUACAAAUGAAUACUUAGAGCAUAUAAAGGCGAAAUUAUUUGAAAACUUGCGAAUGAUACCACACUCGCCUAGUGUACAAAUGCAAGAUAUUCCGGAUGAUAUUGUGAAUCUGGAGGAGAAUGAAGCUGUUGCCAGAGAUCUAGCUGACCCGGACAAGAGAAUUUCAAUUAUGGCUGCUGAUAAAGCUGUUAUGCCCAACAAUGAAUUUUUCGAUGACCCAGAGGAGGGUUCAGGAUUAGGAGGUGCUACUCUACGGUCUGGUAAAUCUGCUGCUCGUGAUAUUCAAAACCACCGAGAUCAACCUAAGCGGGCGCGUACCGACGAAGAUGCAAACUCAGGCAGCAGUAAAACAAGCAAUAAGGAAGGAAGUGGGUCAAAGAAACCAGAUGCUAGUGGUGACAAGCGUUCUGAUUCAAAACAUGAUUUUGUGGAUAAGAUGGAAGUUGAUGUAGCCAAAAAGUCAAAUGGUUUAGCAGAACCAGAACGAGCCGCUAACUAACUGAAAUUACUCUUCCAUAUUUUCAUAUAUAUAUAUAUAUAUAU